AUGGCGGCGGCGGCGGCGUUGGAGCGGUGGGUGUCCGGGGAGCUGCAGGAGCUGCUGGGGCUCAGCGGCCGCCACGUCCCCGCCUUCCUGGUGGCGCUGGCCCGGAAGAGCCGCAGCGCGGAGGAGCUGCUGGAGCGGCUGCGGGACACGGAGGCGCUGCGGGUGGACGAGCCGCGGGUGCAGGCCUUCGCCAGGGAGCUAUGGGGGAAGGUGCCCCGGGAGGCGCGGCCGGAGCCGCCGGGCCGCGCUGCGGAGCGGGCCGCGUUGGAGCUGCAGCGCCGCAGCCAAGGCUACCGAUUGGUGGAGAGCGACGACGAGGGGGCGGGGCCUGCUCCAAGCCGCGCCCAUCCUCCGCCUGGCUCCGCCCACAGCGCUUCCAAGCACCGCCCACACCUCCGGCGCCGACGUUCCGAGUCCCCCGAGGCCUCCAGCCCCUCGCCAUCGCCCCCCCCACCGGCUCCGGAGCCCCCCGAGGAGCCGGAAGCGGAAUGGGAAGCAUCGGAGCGGGAACGGCUCCGGGAUCUACAGGAGCGCGAUGCCUUCGCCGAGCGGCUGCGGCGCCGCGAUCGCUCCCGCACCGUCCUCACCCGCCCUGACGCCAAGGCCUAUGAAGAAGCCCAGAAACGCCUCAAAGUCGCUGAAGAAGACCAGAAAACACUGGUGCCAGAGCUCCGGAAGCGAUCCCGCCGGGAGUACUUGGCCAAGCGGGAGCGGGACAAACUGGAGGAGCUGGAGGCCGAGAUCGCGGACGAGGAGCAGCUCUUCGGGGAGGAGACGCUCUCGGCGCCGGAGCGGAGCCGCCUGCGCUACAAGCGCCGCCUACGGGACCUGGCCCGCCAGUACAAGCAGGCGGGGGAGCAGGAGCGCCUGGAGAAGAGCCAGCGGUACCGGAUGCCCGAGGAGCGGCGCGGCAAGGUGCUGGAGCCGGAUCCCCCCCCCCCGUACCCCGAGGAGCCGCAGGCCCCCCGGGACGAGCAGCGGCGCUGGGAGGAGGAGCGCCUGGAGGCGGCCGCGCUGCGCUUCGGGGCCCGCGACGCCGCCGCCCGCCGGCCCCAGCCCCGCUACGAGGUCCUGCUGGAGGAGGAGCCCCUGGUGGAGUUCAUCAGCGCCUGCCCCCUGCAGGGCAGCCAGGAACUGGAGGCCGCCCCGGCCGUGUCGGAGGCCGAGCGCCGGCGGCAGUCGGUGCAGGAGCAGCGCCGCAGCCUCCCCAUCUUCCCGUACCGGGAGGAGCUGGUGGCCGCCAUCGCCCAGCACCAGGUCCUGGUCAUCGAGGGGGAGACCGGCUCCGGGAAGACCACACAGAUCCCACAGUACCUGCAUGAGGAGGGCUACACGCGGCAGGGGCUGAAGAUCGGCAUCACGCAGCCGCGGCGAGUGGCUGCCAUGAGCGUGGCGGCACGGGUGGCGGUGGAGAUGGGCACCAAGCUGGGCAAUGAGGUAGGGUACAGCAUCCGCUUCGAGGACUGCACAUCGGAGCGCACGGUGCUCAAGUACAUGACGGAUGGGAUGCUCCUAAGGGAAUUCCUCACCGAGCCCGACCUCGCAUCCUACAGUGUACUGAUGGUGGACGAGGCCCACGAGCGCACCCUGCACACGGACGUGCUCUUCGGCCUGCUCAAGGACAUCGCUCGCUUCCGGCCCCAGCUCAAGGUGCUCGUGGCCUCGGCCACCCUGGACACGGGGCGCUUCGCGGCCUUCUUCGAUGAUGCCCCCGUGUUCCGCAUCCCCGGGCGCCGCUUCCCUGUCGAUAUCUAUUACACCAAGGCGCCCGAGGCCGAUUACCUGGAGGCGUGCGUGGUGUCGGUGCUGCAGAUCCACGUCACUCAGCCCCCCGGGGACAUCCUCGUCUUCCUCACCGGGCAGGAGGAGAUCGAGGCCUGCGUGGAGCUGCUGCAGGAGCGGUGCCGGCGCCUGGGCUCGCGCCUGCCGGAGCUCCUGGUGCUCCCCAUCUACGCCAACCUGCCCUCGGACAUGCAGGCCCGCAUCUUCCAGCCCACGCCCCCCGGCGCACGCAAGGUGGUGGUGGCCACCAACAUUGCAGAGACAUCGGUGACCAUCGACGGCAUCGUCUACGUCCUGGACCCCGGGUUCUGCAAGCAGAAGAGCUACAGCGCCCGCACCGGCAUGGAGUCCCUCGUGGUCACCCCCUGCUCACGGGCCUCAGCCAAUCAGCGCGCGGGCCGGGCCGGGCGGGUGGCCCCCGGGAAGUGUUUCCGGCUCUACACGGCCUGGGCCUUCCAGCACGAGCUGGAGGAGAGCCCGGUACCGGAGAUCCAGCGGGCGGACCUGGGCUCCCUGGUGCUGCUGCUCAAGAGCCUCGGCAUCAAUGACCUGAUCCACUUUGACUUCCUGGACCCGCCCCCCCACGAGACGCUGGUGCUGGCACUGGAGCAGCUCUAUGCCCUGGGGGCCCUCAACCACAUGGGCGAGCUCACCACGCUGGGCCGGCGCAUGGCGGAGCUGCCGGUGGAACCCAUGCUGGCCAAGAUGAUCCUGGCCUCUGAGCAGUACGGCUGCACGGAGGAGGUGCUGACGGUGGCCGCCAUGCUCUCGGUCAACAACGCCGUCUUCUACCGGCCCAAGGACAAGGUCCUGCACGCGGACAGCGCCCGCCGGGGCUUCCACCUGCCCGGGGGGGACCACCUCGUGCUGCUCAACGUCUACAACCAGUGGGUGGCCAGCGGUCACUCCCUGCAGUGGUGCUACGAGCACUUCGUGCAGGCGCGCUCCCUGCGCCGGGCCCGGGACGUGCGGGACCAGCUCGAGGGGCUCAUGGAGCGCGUGGAGAUCGCCCCGGCCUCCUGUGGGACUGACUACAGCCCCGUCCGCAAGGCCAUCACAGCGGGGUUCUUCUACCACACGGCGCGGCUGACGCGGGGCGGGUACCGCACGGUGAAACACCAGCACUCGGUGUUCAUCCACCCCAACAGCGCCCUCUUCGAGGAGCAGCCCCGCUGGGUGCUCUACCACGAGCUCGUGUGCACCAGCAAGGAGUUCAUGCGGCAGGUGAUCGAGAUCGACAGCGCCUGGCUGCUGGAGGUGGCCCCCCAUUACUACCAGGCCAAGGAGCUGGAGGACGGCAGCAGCCGCAAGAUGCCCAAGAAGGUCGGGAAGAGCCGGGAAGAGCUGGGAUGAACCCAUG